AUGGUUUGGAUCCACGGCGGAUGUUUCACAGGAGGAUCUGGUUCGACGGUAGCAGAUUAUUUUGUGGACAAUGACGUCAUAUUCGUUGGCAUAAAUUAUCGGCUGGGACUUCUUGGUUUCUUAAGCACCAAUGAUGACGUCGUCCCCGGGAACAUGGGCCUUAAGGAUCAAGUGGAGGCCCUUCGCUGGGUGCAGAGGAACAUAGCAGCGUUUGGUGGUGACCCAGACAAAGUCACUAUCUUCGGCCAAAGUGCUGGAGGGGCUUCCAUUCAUUACCACGUCCUAUCUCCAAUGAGCAAAGGUCUAUUUAAGAAUGCAAUAGCAAUGAGCGGAUCAGCAUUGAACCCUUGGGCAUUCUCUAGAAAUGCAACCGAUAGAGCGGUACGGUUUGCGGGAACUCUAGGAUAUACAGGAACAAGUUCCAGCGACCUUGUAAAUUUUCUGAAGACAGUGGAUGCAAACACACUAGUGCUGGACGCAUCCAGUGCGUUAUCUGAGGAGGCAACGGAGCGUUAUCCACAGAAGGACGACAAUCCAACUCCGCAACAGAGUUCACUUGUGACAGUGACGUGGGAAGAGUACGACGAAUCGUCGCCCAACUACUUGAUGAUAGCAGCUCCUCUUCGAACUGGAACCAGCUUAUUUGAGCCUUACAUGAACUUCUGGCAUGACCUGUUGCCGUAA